UAGAGCAUUGAGGAGAAAGAAGCGGGGAACCAGAUGAAGACUUUUUCUCCACUUUGGGAGUCUGCAGCGAUGGACUGUCGAACAUUUACCAUGCCUUUGUCAACCAACACUGAUGUAUGUGGAUCCUGAACAGGUUCUCAGUAUCAAGUGAAAAAUAUCACAAAAAUUGCUCCUUAUUUCUACUGGAUACACACUAACCAUCAUCAUCAUUAUUAUCAUGGAAACCUCAAAAAAUCUUUUAAAACGACAGAGAGAUAUCAUCCAAUCAGAAGGUCCAGUUACAAGGGAGGAUGGGCUUGAAGACAACCUCUGCAACAUAGAUGCUAAUACACAACUUGAACUGGAACCUAACUUUAACCUUAACCUCAAUCUUACCUCACCAAGCAAUCCCCGCCCAUUCAUCGAGUCCUCAAAGCUGCAUGGGGGACAGAAAAAGGAUAAUGUGACCAAAGGAGGUGAAAAACCUGGGGUGAAAGUAGCAGUAAGUAUGUCAGCAAGCAUCCUUACACCCACUGUGACAUCACCAGGAGAGAGAGAUGACCCAUCACGGCAAAAAAGCAAAAUCCCAGCUUUGUCUCGUUCACCGACAGCUAAGCCAACGGUUAGAUGCAGAGAUGAGCAACUGCUGAAAUCACCAAAUAUCAAACAUGCCCCAGGACUUAGCACCAAGAUGCACACCAGUCUAAAACCACAGCAGAUGGAGCAAACAACAAUGGCUAGCAGCCCCAAAAGUACUGAAAGUAUAAAAAUACAGAGUCUGAACUCUACAAAAUCUCUGACGGCUGGGCUAACCACAAAGACUACAAAUAAAAUAACAGUCAAUCUAAGUAUGCAGUCAAACCAAAAAGAGGAUGGGGGGAAAGUGAUCAAGACACCUUCGCCACAAACUUUACACCUACCUGUAAGCCCCCAAAUUCCUAACCAGAAAGCAGAGGCAAAGGCUAUCAGCUCAAAACUGGCAAAUCAAAUACCAACAGUGGAAGUCAACCAAAAUCCAGCGGGCAUAACCAGCAAGUCCAAUCCAAAAACUGGGCAUGACUCAAGAACUCAUAGUUCUGAAAUAUCCUCUACAGCUACAAAAUCACCAAGUCAGAGGGGAGAAUCAGUACUUCUUAGUAACAAGAGCCCCCUAUUGACGUCUGUAAGUCCCAAGCCAUCCACACAGAAAAAAGCCACCGGGACUGUAAACAGUAACACAACACAACCAAAGGAGAACCUUGAGAGUAAAGAUUCAAGUGCUGGUUUUGGAUGCAAAACCAAUUCCAAAUUCAGUUCAAACUCUAAGGGAACCACAGUGUCCAAGGACAGUCUGGUUUCUAAAACUGGCACUGAUUCCAAAGCCAGUCACAAUUCUAAAGCUCAGAUGGGGUCAAGAAACAGUUUAGAUUCCAAAAGUGGUUCGGCUUCCAAAACGAGUUCAGACUCUAGGGAUAGUUUAGAUCUUAAAAAUGACUUCACCAGAGAUAGCACUGACUCUAGAAAUAUGUCAGAUAUUAAACCAAACAAAACUACUCAAGAGUCUAAGACAGCUGGGGCCUCUAGAAUCAGCAUAAGGUCAAAGGAUGGCCAAGAUCCCAAAUCUCUGCCAGAUUCAAAAAUCAAUCUUCAAACUAGCCCAACUGCUAAAUGUGGGACUGCUUCUAGUUCUGAUGCCUCUUCCAAUUAUAAAGCUGAGCCAACACGGUCAACUUCUAUAUCUACUUUAACAACCUCUAGCUCUAAAAUAGACCUUGUCAGAUCUGUUUCCCCAUCAUCCAUUAGAACCAGUCUGUCUGGGUCCAAAGAUGGCAACCUCAAGACUUCAGCAUCCAGUACCAAACAAGGUACGGACCCUAAAGCUGGAUCAAACAUUUCCAAGUCUGGACCAGUUCACUCUACUUCAAAACUAGCUUUGAGGGAUUUGCCCUCUUCCUUGACACUGUCUCCAAGACCAGGGUCAGCAAGUAGGAGUCCUGGAUCUUGUGCUGGGAAAACUCUUGAUUCAAAUCCUCUUGGACCACACAGAGAUGCCCAGAUAAGCCCUGGCUCUGCUCCAGGUGUUUCUGCGAUUUCAGGCCCACUGGCUACUUCCAGCCCCAAAACCAGAACCACCAUUCCCUUGACUACAAUGGGAGGAUCCAUAAAUGAACCUGCAGCAUGUGUAACUGUGGAAACAAAUCCCAGCGGUGUAUCUCAUAAUACCUCUCUGACUCGGGGUCUCACUUUUGACUCUAUCACUAAGACACAAGCAAAAAUGGGUGCUGACGUCAAAGAAAAGCAUUUAAAAGUGCCUGAGAGAAAAGCAGCAGCUGUAGGAGGAACAUCAGAAUCCCAGGGGGCUGUGACUGACAAUGCAGCAUGGUCAACAGGAGGUACUGCGAGGAUACCAGAGGGUCUGCUGAGUAAACCUGGCCACCUGGGAGAGCCAAAUGCCAUGAUUGCUGGUAGUAACACCUCUUCAUCGAGGACAGUGAGUGUGGAGAGAAAAAUCACAGAGAAAAAAAAACAAGAGAGGGGGAGACAGAGACUGGAUCAGGGUAGUUCUCUUUAUCCCGUUUCCACCAUUACAGCAAACCACAAGAAGGUCAGAGAUAUGGCGACCAUGACUGACCCAAGGGAGAGGCUUUAUCCAUUGGCAGGAGGGCAAAGAGAAGUUGCUGUCCAAGUGGAGGUGGAGGUUGUGGAACGGUCAGCAUCCACCAGUCCCAGCUUCUACCAGGGAGGUAUCGCCUCCUCUCUCAUUGGCUCACCUAGCUGUCAGUCAGGUAGUUUGAUUUUGCCAACAGUUCCAUCCCUUUGCUGUGUCCCAGCUACUCAGAAACCUGUCCAGCAUAUCUGCAAGAUUGACAUUGAGUUGCGUAGCCAGUCAUUACUUCCGUCAGCUGUGACAAACAAGGCAAACUCCCUGCCUGCCUGUUUGCGUGCAUACAGCUUUCAGAAAAGCCCUGCUCUCAUGUCGGGGCAACAACUAGGACAAAACCAAGACAGAGAUGUUAGCACUGAUAGCAUGUGGAAAUAUGAGGAGCAGGAGGAGACAAAGAUGGUGCAGAAGGAGGUGGAAGAAAAUGGGAAUAAGGAGGAGACAGAAAAGCCACAGGACGUAGCAUGGGAUGAGCAAGGGAUGACAUGGGAGGUGUAUGGCGCCUCUGUGGACUUGGAAUCUCUGGGCACAGCAAUCCAGUCCCACUUGGAGUCAAAGAUUCGGGAGCAGGAAAAACACAUCAGGAGUCUGAGGAAGUCCAUCUGCUCUGACAGUAGCCUCAAAGGGUUAAAGAUGAAGAAGCGGAAGAAGAGGACAGGAAGGAUUCUGAGUUGCUGCAGGAAGGCAUCCGCUGUGGCAGACUGAGAGUAGUCUAGAAAGUUCAAACCCCUCUGAGAUAUGACUCUAAAACAGAAAUGCUCUUAAAUGGAGAAGUCUGCACUGUAUGCACAGCACAUUUGUUUACUGCACUUACCUAUUCAUAUCACCCCAUGUCAUCUUACACCUUGUGCAACUAUCACUCAGAAUAACCCAAUCAGAUCUUCUGUUCUUCCCAUCACAGUCAUCUUCUUGUGCACCUCUGAAUCACUUUGACAACAGCUACUGUAUUUAGACUGUUCUACAGAAGUCCUACUCUGACCACUCUCCAAGGACAAAUGUUGAAACUUCAUCAGAGCUAGAAGAGCUCCAGAGAUGCACACGGAGCUAACCUUGAAGCACCCACUUGAUGUAUAUCAAGUAAGGGUCUUGCUUUUUGUGAGUGUUAGAAAUUUAGUAUCACAUGUUUAAUUUAAGUGACAAAAAACCUGCUGGAUUAUGUUAAAAGAAGAGUUAGCUAAGUGAUUUGUUCAGUUUAUUUCUCCACCAAAUUAAAUAAGGGAGCAGUUAAUGAUGAUGAUUUAUAUCAUAUAUUGCCAUUUUGGCCAGAUGCUGUCUGCAUCGUGAGGCACCAGUCCUAGCAAUAGUGGCUGUCAAGAGUUUAUGGGUCCAUUUUAGAGACCUUCAAAGUCCACAUUAGGAUACUGAUGAGUUUGUACCGACAUUACUUGUUUAUCAGUCAUGGAAACCUAGUUUGUGUACUUUUUAGACCUUUUUUACACUUUGUCUUGCUUUUCUCAUCACUCACUUAUUUGUUUAGUUUUCAUUUUUCUUUAAUUAGGUUUAGGUACUGAAAACGUCUUGCUAGUAGUAGGCAACAUUUAUAAAUCAAUGACCAGGUUCACUGAUUGAGCUGAGAUUUCAGAGCUUUCAGUGCAGUCAUUCUGUGACUCCUUUGAGAACUGGACUCUUUCCAUGGUUGGGUUGUUUCAUGACACACCAUUUUAGUAAAAGAGAAAAAACAAAAGCACUAUCCUCUUCCUGUUUUGACUGAGCCUUAAUUUUUCCAGGGGAUCUUGUACCUGGAGCAAGACCAAAAUGGAGAGUAAAUGCACAGCUAAUGGAUACCUCAACUAAACGCGGAUCUGUCAUUCAAUCAUCAUUUACAGAGCUGAAAGCUGACCAUCUUAGCAUAAUGAUUAAAAACAGUAGGAAACUCCUGGAGGUGAAAGGUAACAUUAUAUUAGCUACUAAAAUCACUUGCAUGUACACUAACAUUGCUACAUGUAAUUCUUACUGCUGCUCACUCUCACAUCGUACUUCUACUGUUUUGCUAUGACUUUUACCACUCCCACUGCUAGUUUUCCAACAAUAUCAGUACAGGUUUAAAAAUUUAUUACAGUUUCAUUAAACAGCAGUAAGAGCAGGAGUCAGUGGUGCUCCAUUUUGUGUGCUUCUUCCAGUGUUUCAUAUUCAAACAGCCAGUGGUUGUUGAUGUGGAGCAGAGAGGACAGCAGCUCUGCUGCUGCUGAAUAUUUCAUCCAAUUUCUUUUUGACAAAGCACUCAGGCAGCCGGGAUCCCAGACUGCCUCGAGUGAGCCACUGAACAGUUUCCGGCAGAUUGUUGUAUCUUUUCCUUACUCCUUUCCGUUUUAUAUCAUCUGGGCACCCCCCUUUCCUUUCCUUUCCUUUCCUUUCCUUUCCUUUCUGAUUACAUGCACUUUCUUUUCCCCUUGUUUCUCUUUUCUCAUUUGCCUUCUAUGGUUAUAAUUUUGGUUAUGUCCUCUUUUUUUGCUUUCACGUCAUCCUUUACCUUUCCUUAUGCCGUUGUUUUCGUUUUUUUCUUUUCUUUUCUGGAUGUGCUUUCCUUUCCUCUCAUUUUACCUUUUUUAUUUUAUUUGAUUUCUCUGUAUUUGUGCCUUCUUGUUCUGUUUUUUGUUUUCAUUUUGCCUUCUGAUCCUUUUCUACUUGUUUUUUGUUUUAUUUAUAAUUUUACGUUCCUGCUUUCUUUUUCUUUUGUUACUUUCAUUUCAUUUCUUUUUACUUGUCUUUUUCUCUCUUUUCUUCUCUUCCUUGCCUUUCCUUCCUCUUUUUCCAGGUCACUGCACUUUUGUCAGUAGUCCUUUUUUAUUGCAGUAGCUGGUCUGUACUGAUAGGGGGCGAAACAGCAUGUGCUUGUUUAGUCUCCAUUAUUAAAAUAAUAUUUUUUGUAUUUCAUGUUAAUUCUCUUUUCCUUUUCUGUUCUGGCAUCUCAGUGAUGUUGUCCUUUUGGGAGCCAAAUCUUUCUCAUCCCUUUUUUCUUCUGUUACAUUUCCAUCCGCCUCUUUCAUAACUCCUCCUCCUGCAAUGGAGUAAUGUUGUUGACGGAGCACCGGAUUGCCUCUUUGAAUUAUUCAGAAACAUUAAAGUCACCCUCAUCUUAACAAGAGUGUCUCCACCAUGAUUUAUUCAGCUGGUACGUAGGAAACACUGAGCAGACAUGGUUUAUUAAAGUAUCCUCAGAAAUCUACAAAAAUUUCAGGAAUACAGACAUAAUAUCAUAAACAUCGUGCUAUUAUGCUAUUUAUGAUUUAUUUCU